AGUUAAUGUCAGACAGUAAUUUUGAUGCCGAUACAAUAAUCAAGGCUACAUGUCAGACUAUGAUGGUGGCUGGAAGUGACACUCUAAUGGUUACUCUAGUGUGGGUUCUAUCUUUACUAGUGAACCAUCCAGACAUCUUGCAGAAGGUCCAUGAAGAGAUGGACAUCCACGUAGGUAGAGAAAGACAAGUCGACGAAUCGGAUAUCAAGAACUUGUUAUACCUACAAGCCGCAACCAAAGAAACACUGCGUUUAUAUCCUCCUGGUCCUAUUAUGACUAGAGAAUCUACUGAGGACUGCACCCUUCUUGGAUACCACAUUCCAGCAGCGACUCGACUAAUAGUGAAUAUCUCGAAGGUUCAACGUGACCCCCAAGUUUGGACCAGCGCAUCAGAGUUUAAACCAGAAAGAUUUCUAGCCGGUGGGGAGGUGGAUGUUAGCAGAGACCAUAGUUUCCAGUUCAUGCCAUUUGGUGGUGGUAGAAGAUCUUGCCCUGGCACAUCACUUGCUCUUCAAGUGGUGCACUUGGCAUUAGCUCGUCUGAUUCAUGGUUUUGAUUUUAAAACACCGUCAGGCGAGCCGACCGAUAUGACAGAGAGUCCUGGGCUAACUAAUGUCAAAGCAACCCCUCUCGACCUUUUGGUCACCCCACGCCUUUCUCCUAAGCUGUAUACGUGCUAA